UGAACGCAGCGCAAUAACAACGUUCAUUUGGUUCAUAUCAAAGUGAGAGGAGUGUUAAACUUUUUGAAGUCUUUCUUUUUCUUUCAUCUGUUUUAAAACGUAGUGAUUAGUGUUGAUAUCAGAAAUGGAGGAACUCGUCCCAUUUAAAGUUUACACCUAUUGGAAUGAAAUUGAAAAGCCUGAAGUCAGGAGAUUCGGAGUAGAGAGGAGUGUAGUUACAAGCUACCAUUAUUUGACUGCUAAACUUCAAGAUGUCUUCCCGAGACUGAAAAACAAGAACUAUAAAGUUUCUUGGAAAGACGAAGACGGUGAUGAUAUUGUAUUGUCAUCAGAUGAUGAAAUCAUGAUUGCUUUAUCUGCAAUGGAGGAGCUAGACAUCAUUAAAUUGUACAUUCACUGUGAAGAUAGGGUGAAUAAAGAUGAUGAUGACUGUGAUAUUGUUGUAACUGCUGUUGCUGACAAUACUAAUGAUUAUACUACAAUUCGCCACUGCGGUGUAGUUUGUGAUGGAUGCGAUUCCCCUGUGGUUGGUUUCCGUUAUAAAUGUACUACAUGUGAUGAUUAUGAUUUGUGUUCUAAAUGUGAAGGUGCUGGAUUGCACCCAGAACAUUGUAUGGUGCGAGUGCCCAUGCCCAACAUGCCUCGCACCGUCAUUAGAGCAGCAAUUAAAAGAUCCAGAAAUUUCUUAAAAACUGUUGCUAGUGCUAUUGAAGAGGAACACUGUAAAAAACAGCGAUGUGAAAAGAGCACUGAAAGAAAACGGCGUGGGGACCACGGUCAUGGUCGACAUGGUCAUAGCCAUGAUGGACAUGGUCAUGGUCAUAGUCAUAGUCAUAGUCAUGGCCAUGGCCGCCAUAACGGUGAUCGUGAACAUCAUCAUCGUCCACGUACCAGUUGGCUUGAAACCUUUGCUACCUAUAUGAAUGAAUUUGCUAAUCUUGCUGGAGAUGUUAACAUUGACAUUGAGAAAAAACCACAAGAACAACCAAAAGAAAACAAUGCUCAACCUCCCAAAGGAAACAAUGCUCAAUCUCCCAAAGAUAACAAUGCUCAACCUAAAGAAGCCUCAAAUUCAAAGGCUAAAGAGCAAACGGAAUGCCCGUUUUUCAUGGAAAAUUUGGAUGUAGAGAAUAUUCAAAAGCUGUUGAAUAUGUAUUUAGGAGGCUUAAAAACACCUAAACCUAGCACAUCCAACAGUAAUAAUGCCCAAAAUGAGCCCCAAACAUCCUCUGCCAACAAUAAUGCAGAAAUGGGUCAAGGUGAUCGUGAAACUUCAGAAGUAGACAAAGAGAGUGUCAAGUCUGAGGUAUCUUCUCGUUCUUCAACUAAUACAAAUGUGUCUAAGAGAGAGGUCACCCAAGAAGAAAAAGGAGAUAAAAUUGAUGACUGGACUGUCAUUAACAAUGACAAAGAUAUUAUGGACACAUAUGUUACAAGUGGAACGUCAUCUCAGCCACCAAUUGGCUUCAACCUUCCAGAAGAAUUUCAACAACAUGUGAAAAUAUCUGAUGGACAACAAAGCUUGUAUCCUCCACUCAACAUAGCAACUGCUGUGUUGAAUCCUAAAGAACCACAACACCUAGCUGGAAACCCACAAGUGUCAACUCAAGCUCAAAGUUCAGCUGCCAAACCUCAACCACCUGCUCCAUCUGCUGAUAAACCCAAAGAGGAAGCCGAACAAGCCAAAGCUGAAUCUAAACCACAACCUCGAAAACGUCACCCAAUGCCUCACAUUGAAGCGGCUAUUGAGCAAAUGUUGGCUAUGGGUUUCACCAACGAUGGUGGCUGGUUGACUCAACUGAUUGAAAGUAAGAAUGGAAACAUUGCAGCUGUCCUUGACCUGUUGACACCCGUCAACCCCAAGAAGUAAAUUGGUCUAAUUUAAAGUUUUAUGCCAUUAUUUGUGACAUUCGAUCUUGCCACAUAGUUAAGAAAUAUAUUCAUUAGUUAGUAGGGGUAUUUAGUAAAGUAUUAUUCUAGAACUUAUACUGCAGGGAUUUAUUACUCAUCCUUUGUUGAUGAUUUCACAUAUUGAAUCUAAAAUGUUGAUCAUAAUUGUUCAAAUCGAUUAUUUCUUUGUAAUUGGUUAAUAGAUAAAUUAUAAAAAAAAAAAAAAUGUAAUAAAUGAUUAAUUGUCAAAAUAAUAUUUCAAUAGGGAUGAUUAAGCUUUUGUUCUAUGAAUUUAAUGAAAUUUUGGCAAUGGAUUAGUUAAAUGGUUAUUAUGUGAUGGUUUUUCGUUCAUACAAUAAGAAUAUGUUUAAAUAUAUAUAUAUUUUUAUAUUAUGGAUUUAAUUUUUUUUUUAAUACAUUCCUUUCAAUUGUAAUUGGCUCAAGAGUAACCAAGUUUUUUAAUAAGUUAAUUAUUGUGUUUUAUUAAAAAGAUUCACUUCAGAGAACAUUUAAAAUAAAUAUAUAUGUGUUACAGUAGCAUUGGUUGGUGUAGCGUUAGCAUUUGAAUAUUUUAAAGUAAACGAUCUAAUGUGUAAAUUUUGAAUUUGUGUCUUCAUGCUAUGCUCUUUUAAUGUGGUUUUGAUGUUUCAAGUCAUCUUGGUAUACUAAUCUGUGUGCAUGACCUCCCUAUGAAACCUAUGAGACCUCCAUGUUGACAAGCAGUAUAGUUGUGCUUGUAACAGAAUAUAAAAUAUAAAUGGUCAAGGUUUUCUUUUUACACAGACCGUGAUCUAUUACACCUACAGAAUAUAUGUCUUGUUUAUAUUUUAUACAAACAAUCAAAUGUGGGUUGACAAAUAUUAUUUUUUGCAUUUUCAAAUAAGAUCUAUUCUAUGUUGCUCAUUAAAAAUGUAAUGAACAACUUUCACAAUUUCACAUUCAAUUUGUUUCAAAUUUAGAUAAUUCUUUUUUUUAUUUUCAUGUUUAAUGACUAAAAAUAGUAUUCUAUUUAAGACUUAUUUUAUGUAAAAAAAUUUGUACUUAUUUGUACUCUAAAAACAUUCUGCCAUACGCCAGGAUGAGUUGAGACCUCUACAUGACUUUCUUCUGUAGAAUUAUGUGAUAAUUUUAUUGUGAUAUGUAACAAUGGCUAUAUAUUGUAAUGCCAGAUGUAUUCUAUUAACUUCUCUUUAAUAAAGGUGUAUUGGAACAA